CAAUUUUCUCAUUAUGAUAAUGCCAAGGGGUAUCAUUCGAGUCAGUGGCAGACAGACUGUGACUCGCAGAUACCGUAUUAUUGGUGGCUUUUUAAUGUGGGGAAAAUGUGUUGGAAAAUACUUUUAUUAUUCGCUUUAGUGACUUUGAGGUGUGAAGGUAGAAGUUCGGGACAACUAUGUUUCCCCAAAGACUUCACCUGGGGGGUCGCCACCGCUUCCUAUCAGAUCGAGGGGGCGUGGAACACGUCAGGUAAAGGUGAGAGCAUAUGGGACCGCUACACGCACUCGCAUCCAGAGCAGGUGUUCGACCACUCAAGCGGCGAUGUGGCUGACGACUCAUACCACCAGUUCCGGGCUGACAUCAGCAUGCUGCGGGAGCUAGGCGUGCUGUUCUACCGCUUCUCUAUCUCCUGGCCCAGGAUCCUGCCCGAAGGGUUCAGCAAUGACGUGAACGAAGACGGUCUGAGGUACUACUCGGAGCUGAUCAACGAGCUCCACGCCAACAGCAUCCAGCCACUGGUCACCAUGUACCACUGGGACCUGCCGCAGACUCUACAGGACCUCGGCGGGUGGACCAACCCCAUUGUGGCUGAUUAUUUCGUUGAUUACGCCAGGGUCCUGUUCACGAACUUCGGUCCCAAGGUAAAGGCAUGGAUCACAUUUAACGAGCCCUUAUCGUUCUGCCGCUCUGGGUAUGGCGGCAACGACGCCCCUGGAGGCCACUCCAGUGGACUCGAGGCCUACAUGUGUGCCCACAACGUGCUGCGUGCACACGGCAUGACCUAUCGCAUGUUUGAGGCCGAGUUCAAGAACAAGACUGGAGGUAACGUCGGUAUCACGUUAGAUAUGGCUUGGUUGGAGCCGGCGACCACGUCUGAAGACGACCAGAAAUCUGCUGAAGUCGCCAGGCAAUUCAUGUUCGGUUGGUACGCGCACCCAAUCUACUCUAAGACCGGAGACUACCCACCUAUCAUGAGACGCAGAAUCGACGAGAUAUCCAGACGUCAACAUUUCCCCCGAUCUCGUCUCCCAACUUUCACUGAAGAAGAAGUCAAAAUGAUCCGAGGGUCUUCAGAUUUCCUCGGUUUGAACCACUAUACGACGUACCUGGUCGCCAAAGGCAAAGGCAAGGUGGCAGUUCAGCCAUCUUUCGACAACGAUAUGGGAGUGAUCAUCAGCCAGAAACCGGAAUGGCCGAAAAGUAAUUCGACGUGGUUGAGGGUAGUACCAUGGGGCUUCAGGAAAAUCCUGAACUGGGUGAAGAAGACGUACGACAAUCCUCUGGUGGUGAUCACUGAGAACGGGAUAUCCUCAGAGCCUGGUCUGCAGGACAGCAAGCGAGUGAACUACAUAGACGCGUACCUGCGCUCGUUACACGCGGCUGUCACGCAAGACGGCUGUAACAUCAUAGGGUACACUCACUGGAGCUUGAUGGACAACUUCGAGUGGAUGAGGGGAUACUCUGAACGGUUCGGCUUAUACGAAGUGGAUUACACCUCUCCCCAGCGCACGCGCACGCCACGCGUAUCGGCCGCAUACUACGCCAAGAUAGUCAAGACUGGCUGCAUACCGUCGCAGAAAUAUAGCCUAGUAUUUAAGUACUGAUUUAUUAAUAACUAGUAUUAUACUUCAUAUAUUUUGAAAAAAUA